GAUCCAACCAUGCUACCACCGUCGACGACUGCGCCAACUACAGCAAGCGCGACAACCACGAGGGCGAGACGAGGCACCAGGAAGUCGAGCUCGCGGACGGGUUCGAAGUUGAGCAACGCGAUCACAUCGACGAGGUGUUGGCAAGGACGCGGCGGCUCGACGAGGGGCCGCCGCAGCACCGUGGGCGGAAACGCGCGGAGGCGACGCGCGAGGCGUCGCUGCUCCAGUUCAGGCCGCUCAACAGGGGCCCCGCCCCGGCGGUCGAGAUGCAGGCGUCGAGGCCAGCCGGGAAGUUGAUCCGCGAUGUCGACUUCGGAGAGGAGUUCGAUUCGGAGGACGGGUGGAGCUGCCUGUGCGAGCCCCGCGUCGCCGAGUUGCAGCAGGACCUGCGCCCGUGCGCGGGGGCGAUGGGGCGACCGCCCGGCGGCGCUUUCUUCGACGG